AUGCAAAAGAAAUUAUGUUUCGCGUUGUCAUUCGGCGUCUGGUGGUUGGCUGAGUCAGCGCCCGCCGGCCUCGGCGAGAUCGGGUUCGACAAACUUGACACCGACAUCGCAAACCUACGCUACGACGAAGACAUAGAUAGCUUCUCGAAAUUACUGGACGAAACCGAUAAUGCUAUUAACAAAGACGCUAAAAGUAAAUUAACCACAUCGGGCUUCAAAAAGAAAACAACAGCCAAUAAAGGACUGGAAAGCGCACACGACAUAGGUGAUUUGAAAAAAUUCUACAAAGCAAUCGGUGCUAUCGAUAAAGGUGAUUAUGAAAAUGACGAUAUAUACGGUACAGCUCAAGGACUUGCCGGCAAAAGUGUUGGUAUAAAAGGGAACGAGGAAAGGAAAUACCGGAAAGGUACUAAAACACGCGGAUUCCAUAGAAUUCAUCACAAGGACGAAUUUAAAAAAGAUAAACUAUUUUACGAAGAUGACGAGACGAAGGGAACGAUCAGUAAGGUAGGGGCAAAGGGACUCGGUGUGAAGGUGACUGCAGGAGCUGGAUUCGACAAAGGGCAUUUCCAACGCGAUCACAAAAAAGGAAUAUACGGCAAACAAGGUUUUCUGGAUCAGUGA